AUGGCAUAUUAUAUCCAGGAAAUAUUAAGGUACAUUUUGGGGCUCUUUUUUUCACUUCUACCCACAGUGUAUCACGUAAGAGUAAGAACCUCUCCAUUUGGUGACGCUGACACGGAUGCAAAUGUAUGGAUCAAAAUACAUGGUAACAACGGCGUCACAGAUCAAAUAAAACUGGAUAACCCAAACAGAGAUGACUUCGAGGUGAACAGGUACCUGACUUCCUCUAUUCAGUCUCCAGGGGCUUAUGGAGCGUUUUUACUCACGUGGCUAACAGCCAUAUUUAAAACAUAUUGGUACAAAAGAAAGCGUAAAAAAAAUUUCUUUUUAAUUGUAAUUUGCUGUUUGCCCACGUAGCACUUAGGAGUUCUUGAGAACUCGUUGAAUUGUGUCCGUGCGUUCCAGAUCGAAUUGGAAUUUGGAAGUGUUGGUUUUUUUGGGUGAGAACGAACAACAAACUCAACCCACAUAUGAUGUCGACGCCGGGAUCUGAACCCGGGCAACAUUGGUGGGAGGCGAGUGUUCUCACUACUACGCCUACGCGCUCGUUUACAUGCCACAGGACCGGUUUGGGGCACCAAUAUGGCCACCGUUUUAUCGUUUGGGACACCAAGAUGGCGGAAGUGACGUCAUGUGGAAUUCAGAGUUUCCGUACAGGAGUUAUAUUUAAAAGGAAAGGGCUAGUUGUGAGGCUGAGGGCUUCGGAAGUUUUUUUUUUUUCUUGUUUCCCACAAGCAAUUAAAAUAGGUUCCAUGAUAUUAAAUUUCAUCAAAUAUAAGAAGUUGCCGCUACCUAUUCACCAGACUAUAAUUAUAAAAAAUUAAAACUUGAAACAAAAGGAGCAAACACAAAGAAACAAACAAUCGCAAAAAAGCGUGGAGACGGUAUAGGAAAAUGUCACUCAAAACUACCUUUAUCCUCUAUUUUCGAAUCAUUAUAAUACGCUUUUUUUGUACCCCCUCCCCCCAAACGUUGCAUAAUCUAUUGCUUUUAAAUGCUCCAUACUACCAAGAGCAUCAGUUUGACAAUAAUAACUUAUGCAAAAUGUGGGGAUAUUGGAAAAAGAACUUAUAUUUCAACUUUUUACUUUUUAUUGUAGUGAGGACGAUUUCACUGUCGAAGGUAGAGACGUAGGACGCGUGAAAGGUGUAGAAAUUUACCGAGAUACCUCUGGCUGGGGAGAUGGUUGGCAUCUUGAGUCAGUGAGUUACUAA